GGAACGGGGCGGGCGGCGCCGCGAUGGCGGCGAAAUGGCGGCGGUCUCGCCCCGAGGGCGCGGUGAGGGGCUGCCCCCCGCUGCCCACCCAUCCUCGGAUGUCCACCUACAAGCGGGCCACGCUGGACGACGAAGACCCCCUGGACUCUAUCAGCGAAGGCGAUGGGUACCCCAACGGGUUCCAGGUGAAUUUCUCCCGGAGCAGCGCAGGGUGCUGGGCACAGCGCAGCCGCACCGAGAAGCAGCUGGUGGCCGUGGUGGCUGUGCUGGCUGCUGUGCUGGGAGCGUGUCUGCUGGGGCUCAUCCUGCAGUACCGAGCCCGGCCACCCGCCGUGUGCCUGUCGGAAGCCUGCAUCUCCGUCACCAGCUCCAUCCUCAGCUCCCUGGACCGCACAGUGAACCCCUGUGAGGACUUCUUCAGCUACGCCUGCGGGGGCUGGGUCAAGGCCAACCCCCUCCCCGAUGGCCACUCGCGCUGGGGCACCUUCAACAACCUCUGGGAGCACAACCAGGCUGUCAUGAAGCACCUGCUGGAGAACACCACGGCCAAUGUGUCGAGCGAGGCAGAGCGCAAGGCACAGCGCUACUACCAGGCCUGCAUGAAUGAGAGCAAGAUCGAGGAGCUGCGCGCUGCCCCGCUGAUGGAGCUCAUCGCCAAGCUGGGAGGAUGGAACAUCACUGGGCCCUGGGCCGGGGGGGACAACUUCAACGUGACUCUGCGGGAGGUGACGGCGCAUUACCGCGUCUCACCGUUCUUCUCCGUCUACGUCAGCGCCGACUCCAAGAACUCCAACAGCAAUGUCAUCCAGGUGGACCAGUCAGGGCUGGGGCUGCCGUCACGGGACUACUACCUGAACAAGACAGAGAAUGAGAAGGUGCUCGCUGGAUACCUGAACUACAUGGUGCAGCUGGGCAUGUUUCUGGGUGGCACUGAUGAGGAGUCAACACGGCAGCAAAUGCAGCAGAUAUUGGAAUUUGAGACAGCGCUGGCCAACAUCACCAUCCCGCAGGAGAAGCACCGGGAUGAGGAGGUCAUCUACCACAAGAUAACAGCUGGAGAGCUGAAGGAUCUGGCACCAGCUGUGGACUGGAUGCCCUUCCUCUCUACGGUCUUCUAUCCUGUGGAACUCAAUGAGUCAGAGCCCGUGGUGGUCUAUGCCAAGGAGUACCUGGAGCAGGUCUCUGACCUCAUCCUGGCCACAGAUAAAUGCCUCCUCAACAACUACAUGAUCUGGAACCUGGUGCGUAAAACCAGCCCCUUCCUCGACCAGCGCUUCCAGGAUGCGGAAGAGAAGUUCAUGGAAGUGAUGUAUGGGACGAAGAAGACCUGCCUGCCACGCUGGAAGUUCUGCAUCAGUGACACGGACAACAACCUGGGCUUUGCCCUGGGGGCCACGUUUGUCAAGGCGACCUUUGCAGAGGACAGCAAGCAGGUGGCAGAGGAAAUGAUCGCAGAGAUUAAAACAGCCUUCGAGGAAAGCCUGGAGAACCUGCAGUGGAUGGACGAGGAGACGAGGAAGUCGGCCAAAGAGAAGGCGGAUGCCAUCUACAACAUGAUAGGCUACCCAAAGUUCAUCCUGGACCCUAAGGAGCUGGACAAAGUCUUUAACGAUUACGAUGCCGUGUCUGACCUCUACUUUGAGAAUGUCAUGCAAUUUUACAACUUCUCAGCCCGGGUCACAGCUGACCAGCUCCGGAAACCGCCAAACCGGGACCAGUGGAGCAUGACGCCUCCAACAGUCAAUGCGUACUACUCUCCCACCAAGAACGAGAUCGUCUUCCCUGCCGGCAUCCUCCAGGCCCCCUUUUACACCCGCGCCUCUCCCAAGUCGCUGAACUUUGGUGGUAUUGGUGUGGUGGUGGGCCAUGAGCUGACACAUGCCUUUGAUGACCAAGGCCGGGAAUAUGACAAGGAUGGCAACCUGCGGCCCUGGUGGCAGAACUCGUCACUGGAGGCCUUCAAGAACCGCACGGCCUGCAUGACGGAGCAGUACGGCAACUACACCAUCAAUGGGGAGGCUGUCAAUGGCAAGCACACCCUCGGGGAGAACAUCGCUGACAACGGGGGGCUCAAGGCUGCCUACCGGGCAUAUCAAAACUGGCUGAAAAAGCAUGGGGAGGAGGAGGCUCUCCCGACCCUUGGCCUCACCAACCACCAGCUCUUCUUUGUUGGCUUCGCGCAGGUGUGGUGCUCGGUUCGCACACCGGAGAGCUCACACGAAGGGCUCAUCACCGACCCACACAGCCCCUCACGCUUCCGUGUCAUCGGCACCGUCUCCAACUCCUGGGAGUUUGCAGAGCAUUUCAGAUGCCCCUUGGGCUCCCCGAUGAACCCCCCCAAGAAGUGCGAGGUCUGGUGAUGGGUGGGUGCUGGGAUCCGGCUGUGCCGUCCUCUGCCAGUGGCCGAAUUUUCCCCAUCCCUUUGAGAGGCUCAGACCACUUAGUGCAGCGAGCUGCCCAGCUCUCAGCGGAGCGGCGUCCCCGCUAUCAUCCGAUCGAUCCACUGUGAAAACUUCUCUUCCCCUCACUCAUUUGUGAAAUGACUUCAAUGUGGGGAGGUUUCUGUCCCACGUGCUGGGGCACUGCCCCGUAUUUACACACGCAGAGCUAAGCCUGGUCCUAACAGGAGCCCUAACCCUGAGCCCGGCACUGUCCUCCUCUGAGGCCAUAAAGGGAAGCCACGGCGCCGGCAGGUUGGGCUGUGUCUGAAUACAUCCAGCACACCCUCCUCUCUCCAAAGAUGCGCACACAAGGAUGGUAAAUAUUUUAAGAUAUAUUUUGGGGUGGGGGGUGGGCGGUGGGGGAAAUAUAUAUAUAUAUAUAUUUUUCAUGCGUUUUGGAACACACUGGAAAAGUUCAGGGAAAAGACAUUUUAAAGCCUUUUUUUUUUUUUUUUUUUCCUUAAUGCAAAGGAUUAGUAUAUUUAUUAUUGUGUUGUUUUUUUUUAUACUCAGUGCAGCUGUAGACAGAACACCCUGUGGUGACAGUUCCCAGCUGGGGAGUCCAGAUGGGCUGCGGCCAGUUGGCCCCACAGCCUAUGGAUCUCCAGGAGGGACCGUCCUCGGAGGAUGCUGAUGGGGACAGUGGGGACAGGGCCCGGGGAUGGGGUCGGUAGAACCCUGUUAGGAGCUGGAUGGCAGGAGGGCUCCGCUGGGAUGCUACAGCUCCUGGGGUUAGCUUUAAUUUCUGAGUGCAAAGGGAAAAGUCAAUGUGCCAAAGCUGUAAGUGAGGUGGGGGUGGUGGCGGUGAAGCACCUGGGCAUGGCUUCUACCUGUCCCAGGUCUGCAGAGCACUAAGACUGCAGCCUGCAGUGCCUGUCCCUGCAGGAGAGGGGAGCCCAGGAAGCAGCAGGAGCGGCCCUGCAUCCCUCCCAUCCCCGUAACAGGAUGUUGCUUGCAGCGCCCCAGCUCAGUAUUGCUCCAGACAAAUGCAAGCAGUGCUUGCUGCCGCUUUGCUUGCUGCUGCUCCCCUGUGCACAGUCCGUGCUCCAUCCCAGCGGGGCCGGUGCAAAGCUGGCAGGGUGGGCACAGCAUCCUCCGGGGCUUUUUAAUACUCUGCAGUUUAGAAAAGAAACCACUGACAGCAGCUCAGGUGCCACACGUUGCCUCGCAGCACCUCUAGACAGAGAGCAAAGACGUAGAGGGAUUUUUAAUAUUUAUAUGAAAAAGGGACAUGGGGGGAUUUUUGGUUUUUGUUUUUGUAUCUAUUUUUUCACCCUACACAUGGAGCUUAUCAUAACUGAAAUAAAUACUUUUUACUGGGUC